AAACUGCAAACAGUUUGCUUACAAAAGCCCUGUAUAUUCUUCAGCAACAUCUGCUGAAAUAUCAUUACUGUUGUACUCAGACUCACUUAAAAUAGAAGCCUUUCGUUCAAAAUGAGCGGUUUGAGGAUUUUUUUUUUACUUCAGUAAUAAAUCAAGCUGUUAUAGUACGUGGAUUACUUUGUUCAGUAACUGUACCGGUAAUGCUAUAGGCGUCAUGGAGUGCUCUGUAACAAAGCCAAAUGGUUCUUGAGAUACAUUCGUCUUGAAAAAAAUUACGUUUACUGGCUUAUUCUUUGGCAAAUUAUAUGCCCAAUUUCACCCUCCUAUUUUGCUGAACGUUGUCGAAUUCCAAACCAUGAAUUAUGUUGGGCAGUUGGCUGAGCAGGUGUUUGUCACGGUGAAGGAACUGUACAAAGGACUGAAUCCAGCUACCUUGACAGGAUGCAUCGAUGUCAUAGUAGUGAGGCAGCCAGAUGGCUCAUACCAUUGUUCACCCUUUCAUGUUCGUUUUGGGAAGCUUGGGGUACUGCGAUCAAAAGAGAAAGUGGUUGAUAUUGAAAUCAACGGUGAACCAGUAGAGCUACAAAUGAAGCUUGGAGACAAUGGGGAGGCUUUUUUUGUGGAAGAAACUGAGAAAGAUGAGGGGAUCGUUCCAACACACUUGACAACAUCACCGAUACCAGUUGAAGGAGCUUAUUCUGCAAGAGAGGCAGAUUUGACAAAUCCUGAAUUAAUUCAGAAUCCGGAACUACCCAGCCCAUUUAAUGGCACAGAAAUUGACAACACUGUAAAUAAUACUUCAUCCAAAAAGAAACGACGUCGAAGAAGGAAGCACAAACCAGAGAAUUCAAAGAAGGAUGAUCAGGAGUCCUCGUCGGAUGAGCAAGACAUACCUGACAUGGACAUUAUUUCAGAGGAACAGCCGCGAUGUGUACCUACAAACAGUGAAAUGUGUAAUUUCUUUUCUGAAUUACCCAAUAAAGAUUCAAGCACCUAUCACUCUCGAGAAAUCUACCCUUAUUCAGAUGGUGAAUGGUCUUCUGUCGAGAGCUAUUCAUACUACCGAAUUUCAUCACCAAAAAGUGACUCUGAAUUGUUUGUAAAAUCACAUGAAGGAUCCUUCAUGGGAACAGAAUCUCGGAUGCAGUGGACGUGGGGAGGUUUUCCACAGGUCAGUAAAAUGGAGAAGUCUGAGCAACCAAGAGUAGCUACCAUUACACCUUCUGAGCAUACACAUUUUCGAGUCAUCACGGAUAGUAGCGCAGCAGAUGGAACUGCUUGCGAUUCCUCUGAAAUCAAUAAUAUCAUAACCGUUUUCAAGCCUCAGCCUCGAAACCAAAGAAGUCCUCCAUUGCAUGAAACAUCCAUGGUACAGACAGCUCCACCCACAACAGAGACAGCAUUUCCAAAAGGCACCUCUUGGACAAUGGAACAAGCAGAUGUUGUGACGGAGACUUUAGAAUCAAAUAUUGCAGGCCAGUCAUUGCUGUCAGAAACUAUUGAAACAUGUACAUCUGAAUCUCAAGGCGUUGAAAUCUUUCAGUACGCUCCUCAGCAAGAACCUGAGAGUCCAACCACUUUAGAAAGUAAUAAUAAUCCAGCCCAGCAGACUUUAUUCCUCGAUACCAAUGUAAAAACAGAAGAAAUAGAUAAAAAGAAAGGUGGACCUAAAAGAAACCAACAUCUGGGCCCCUGUGAUAUUUAUUUAGAUGACCUACAAAAAUUGGAUCCUAAUAUUGCAGCUCUAUACUUCCCAAAGAGUGAACAGGAAUCAAGCUCUAAACAGUUGAAUGAAUUUGGUACACAUUCAGAGUCACAAUCUCCACAAUCAGUAGGAAGUGCAGGUGCAGAUAGUGGGACGGAAUAUCUGUCUGAUUCAGCUAGUGAACUCCCAGAUGUAAAUCUAUCUCUGUGUGGUGGCCUCAAUGAUAACAAUGAGAUUUCUCAAGGGAAAUUUGAGCAACACAUGGUCACAUACCAGGAUUUGGUUGAAAAUCCCGGAAUUAUUGAUGAUCCAAAUUUGGUUAUCGGAAUUAAUAAAAAAUAUUAUAACUGGGCAGUCGCUGCACCCAUGAUUCUCUGCAUUCAAGUUUUUCAGAAGAAUUUGCCAAAGGCUACUGUAGAUAAGUUGGUAAAGGAAAAGAUGCCAAAAAAGACUGGUGGUUGGUGGUUCUCCUGGCGCAGGAAAAACUCGGCAGUAAAGGAGCCAGAAUCCAGUAUCAAAAAAGGUGAAGAACAGAAUGAAAGAAGUGAAAAUAAACAAGCUAGCUUGCUUGAAGGUUGCAGGCCUAAAGAAGAGUUGACUUCUAGUGAUGAUGACUUCAACACCAUCAAGGACCUUCCAAAGCCAGGUUCUAAAUGUCGAGAUUCACCUUGUCAGAGCAAUACAACUACGUACAAAAAGUCCCUGAGGCUGUCCUCGGAAAAACUAAAAAGUCUGAAUCUGAAGGAUGGCCCAAAUAAUGCAGUGUUCAGUGUUACAACUCAAUAUCAGGGAACCUGUCGAUGUGAAGGUACCAUUUACCUCUGGAACUGGGAUGAUAAAGUUAUUAUAUCUGACAUUGAUGGCACAAUAACAAAAUCUGAUGCUUUAGGCCAUAUUUUGCCACAGCUGGGGAAAGAUUGGACCCACCAGGGCAUUGCAAAACUCUACCAUAAGAUACAUCAGAAUGGAUACAAAUUUCUUUACUGCUCUGCCCGUGCCAUUGGAAUGGCAGAUAUAACCAGGGGAUACUUACACUGGGUUAAUGAUAGAGGUACUGUGCUUCCCAGAGGACCACUCCUGCUGGCUCCGAGUAGUUUGAUUUCAGCACUACACAGGGAAGUUAUUGAGAAGAAACCAGAAGUAUUCAAAAUUCAUUGCUUGAAUGAUAUCAGGAAUCUAUUUAAUCCACAUAGGUGUCCAUUUUAUGCUGCUUUUGGAAACAGGAGUAAUGAUGCUUACGCAUACAAACAAGUCAGAGUCCAAGAAAGCAGAAUUUUCAUAGUAAAUCCCAAAGGAGAAUUAAUUCAGGAACAAACCAAGAGCAACAAGUCAUCGUAUCCAAGGUUGGGUGAGUUAGUGGAACAUGUAUUUCCACUAAUAGCACAAGAAAGAAGCUCAGCUUUUCUCUAUCCUGAAUACAGCCAUUUUGCAUUUUGGCGGGAGCCACUUUGUGAACUUGAUUCAGAUGAGCUCAAUGAACUUAAAUUCAGUAAAGAGUAAUAACUCAUUGCAAGACCUGUAACUAUCAGCAACUUGAAGGCAUGCCAGUGCCUUCAAUUCUGAUUUGAUCUGCCUUCUGAUUUUAAUUUCAAUGAAGUGGAAAGUCUGUAACUUAUUUAACGCUUAAGUACUCGUUGCAAUUAUUAUCUGAAUGAAAUCAAGUGGUGUUUCAUUAGGUACCACUUGUGACAAGUCUUGCAUUACUGUUUCCCCAUCGAGCUGCAUUUAUGCAGUUUUGAUUGUGUGCUGAAAAAUUAAGAUGCACAUGAAGAUACAUUACAGACUACAAAUCACUUGAAAAGCCAUUGCACUUAUGGCACAGCACUUUCAUUUCUGUGGGACAAUUCCCAUAUUUUCUUGUAUUCCUGUGACGAUGCAGAUGACAAUCUAUUUCCUAAUUUAUAAAUUUCCUGGUUCCCAUCAAAACUGGAUGUGUGUUGCUCCCCACACAUAAUAUUGUUUAUGGCAUUCACUGCAGUGGGCUGCUCGAAGAAAGUGUAAACUUGUAGUCAUGCUUGGUUAUCUGACAAAGAUGUGCCUGCAUGUAGCAUCAAGGAAGCUGCUUUAUAUGGAUGAAAGUUAGAAAGGCUGACAUAGAAAUCAAGCACUGAAAAACUGGGGAGAUAUUUUGAUUGUUUGGUUUGGAUUAAACUGAAACCUGGAAAAGGGCUGAGGUAGACUGUGCAACCAGAGGUCUUAUGAAAGAGUGGUAACAAGACUAGAGUUGAUAGAGACCUGGCCAUAGAAAUGGAGGUGAAAAAAGAGUGUGACGGUUGGACACCUAAACACCAGACAUUUAGAUGUAAGACAAGUAAAAAUGAGAAUGAGUACAAGCAUCAUGAUGUCUGGCUGCAGACUAGAACUGUUUCUAUGGUGCAGAAGGUUAGAGGAAGGUAAAUAAAGUCUACAGUUGGGGGACCCUGCAGAUUAUUUGGUUCCUCUUUGCAUGCCGCUCAACAAGGAAUAUAGUACUUGUGGAGUUUUAAACAGCAGGGUAUAAUUGCACGUUGUAAAAUAUUUUCUUCACUCCUUCUUAACACUAUGGUAAGUAGAGCAAAACGUGAUAUAUUUCAUAUAAAUUGCAUGGAGUAGAGGGACUUUGAGAACUCCUGUCACUAUGCACUACAAUUUUAGAUGUGGCAUAAACAAAGAUCUUUGUUCAGUUUGAUGUUCUUCCUUGAUUCACCAUUUGUAAGAUUCCACUUCAACCAGCUGUUUUAUCUUUUAUUGGUUUGGUGUUGUUUGCCAUUACAAAUAAAAUACUGCAUUUACCUGUCUGGAGUUGUUUCAGCAGGGAACAACUUCCAUAACAAGUUUGACCCAAGCGCAUAUAGUAUAACAUAUAUAGUGGAAGUAACAGUGAAAUUACUUGCAAGUAAAUUCAUAGUAAAAUUUAGCAGAAUAAGCCAUAAAGAACUUUUUAAAGGAGGAAAUUUUUAGUAUUUUAGAUGAAUCUUUUUAAAGAUUUUACCAACCCUUAAGUUAUGUGGUGUAAAUUUGAUUAUACUGCAAUCCCAGUCCAAGAACUCAUUUGAUAAAAAUGCUAUUCAGUUGUGUAAGGCAUGUUGGUAACUUAAGAUAAUGAGCACAGAGUUGCCGAAUAAAAACUUGUGAACUUCAAUUCUUCAACUAACUAACCUCAGUUACAAGUGAUUGCCUUGUAUGAACUAUGAGAUCAAGUGACAUGAAAAGCAAUUUCAUUUUGAAAACAAGAAAAGGUCCUGUUUCUCCUGCUGAAACCAUUAUUGGCUUAGUUUGCAACUAAUAACCGUGCAACCAGGUAGACUAUACUUCCACUCCUUUUAGGGCUAGGUUUAUGAUAUUGAGACAUCUCCUUGCGGGAGGAGGAAAUUGUAGAAAAAUCUUUUAACCGUGCAGUUUCAUGGUGGAAGUUAUUACACUGUAGACGUUUGAAAUUUUCUGUUAUUCCACUCUAUGGAUUUGAAAUAUUUGGGUUGCAUUUUGAUCUAAAAGCAGGAGUUCUGCUGUCAUCAUUCAGCAAAUACUGAUUGGACAUUUAACAGACCAUUUGAAAUGUAUGAUCUUUCUAUGAAAGAUCAGACAUCCGCAAAAAAUCAUUUUUUUAGUUCAUUUUUGUAUUUUAACUGUGCUGCACAUGCCUGUCUGAAAUGAGCUAUUUUGGUAACUUCCACAGUGAUAUGUAACUUACAUGUGAAGUUAUGUAACUUAUGCAAGUUAUGUGAUAAGUUACUUAAAUGGUAUGUUAUAUAUUACAUAGCAGAUAUUCGCUUGAUGUAACACACCUGCUGUAGAUCAGGGCACAAACAUAGUACAGCACAGAAAGCACUGCUUGCAAGCAAUAGUUUGCCUACUUGGCUGGAAAAUACUUGGCUUCUUAAACUGUAAUGCAAGAUAGUUUAUUAAACUGACAAUUCUACUGGAGUUUUUAAUGCAGUUAUGAAUGUUGAUUAAAGUAGACAGAACCUUAAAUAGUGAACGUCCUACAUGCGCUAUAUUAAUAUUUAUGAUCCAAAUGAAAUUUGUUGUUUUAUGUUAUGUUAAAGCAAGCAAUAUGCAAAUCUGGAAAAUCAUUUCAUAAUUAACCUGUAAUAUGGUAAAUGUAGCCAAACUUCCAAAUUAGAUUUGCUACCUUGACGUUAUUAUAAUUUAAGUGAAUAUGUUUACAAAUUUGAUUUGCUACAUUGAAGUUACUAUUAUUUAUAUAAAUAUUAAAGUGAAUAUGUUUCAAAUAUUGCUGUUGAAAAUUUCUUGGGUAUACAUAGCAUAUUUAAAGAAAUGAACUUAAUAAGUGGUACUGUCGUGAAUUGUUAUUUUCACAGUAAGAUGUCAGUGUUUCCAUCUCAUUCUAACAAUGUGAAUUAACAUUAUGACUUUUAAUUGUAUUUGCUAAAUAUUCUGCACUCAGCAUUUUACUAUCAGAGAAAAGUGUAUUUUCUGCUUUUGACAAAAGAUUGAUUUCACAUUAAAGUUCACAUUAAAACUGGGCCAAAUCCAGUGUAAAAAUCUAUUCAUUGUCUCAUAAAAAUUUCUUAACCUGUUCCUUACAAAAAAACUAACACAUUGAAUUUCA